ACUUUGUGAAGAAGCGAGUGCUUCUGCUAUUAAAGAGGAUUCUCCUUCAGAAGGCGGGCGAGGACAUGGCUUUGGGAGAGGCGUCCUCCCUAACGCAUGGAGAUGAUCACAUGACGAGUGACAUUCUUGCGCUGGCUGAUGAUGUGUUGCGGGCGGUGCACGCUGAUUGGUUACAAUGUGUUCCGGUGGAGUCCGCGGCCAUUUUCUUUGGAGGGACGGGCCAAUUACGUGGCGGGAGCAGUGAUGAGUUCGAUCAUGUGAUGCUGAGGGCUGUUAGUCUGGUUGUGCUCAAGUCACUGGAAUACAAAAUCCAAUCCGCUGGGGGGAAAGGUGUACGUAACACCAUAGACAUCCAUGGCUAUUUGAGUGCGUUGCUGUUGUUCCUGAGCCAGCGUGGGGUCCAGCUGAAGCAGGGAUCUCACUCCUGCUGCUGGGUGUCUUUGGUGUUUGGAGAGCAGGACGACGACAUGAUGGAAGCAGCCAAGGCUUUACUACUAAUAUACCUCCAUCACAGAGUGACCUCUGACCUGGAUGCUGAUGCUGCGUGUGUCGUCGGCGGAAACCCCCACUGCCACUUUCUCUUCCUCCUCCGCAGCAUCUCCUUCGACCACAGCAUUCUCCUCGAUUUCCUAAUCUCAACGGAAACCUGCUUCCUCGAGUACUUUGUCCGUUAUCUAAAACACCUCCGGGGCGACUGGGGAAGGGGUCCGAACGGUUUGUCAGAAGAUGGAUGGCGUGUCUACUUCGAGCCAUCAUGGAGGAUCAGUCACCAUUGUGGACCCAGAGCCAGCUCAGUGUCUGCAGCCCAGCCUGUGUCUGCCUUCAGGGAGUGCAAACACCCUGGCCUCUCCUCCCCCUCUCCGUCUGGUGGACUACGGCAGCUCAGAGGAGUCUGA